AUGGCUUCCACACUCGCACUCCUCUGGCACUGCUCGCUGAUAGUUCUGGUCCUUGCUCAGCCCACGCACUCAUCCACCGUUCAGAUUCAGAAGCCCAAGGAUGCCAUUGCCGAGCAGAAGACUCACCCUUCGAGCUCGCACACCUACAUCGUCCAAACCAACCACCUGGCCAAGCCGUCUCAGUUCGCCACCCUCGAUCGGUGGUACAGUUCCAUGGUGGCCACCCACUCCCCUCGUGCCACUUCGAGCUCCUCCAGCCGCCUCAUGCACACCUACGGUACCGUGAUGCACGGUUUCGCCGUUCGACUCACCGACGACGAGGCCCGGCGCAUGUUGAGGACCCCUGGCGUGGCCGGUGUGUACAAGAGCAGAGUGCGCUACACCCAAACGACGAGAUCGCCGGAGUUCAUGGGCCUCAACGAGACAUUCGGCGCCUGGCAUGACUCGAACUUCGGCGACGGCAUCAUCAUCGGCUUCAUCGACACCGGCAUCUGGCCGGAGAGCGCCAGCUUCAACGACACCGGUCUUGGCCCCGUGCGGUCGACCUGGAAAGGCAGGUGCGUCGACGCGGAGGGCUUCAACGCCAGCUUGUGCAACAACAAGCUGGUGGGGGCCAAGGUCUUCACCGCCGAGCUGGAUGGCGCCCUCACUCCAAGCGACAAGGUCGGCCACGGUACCUUCGUGUCCGGGACAGCCGCCGGAUCGGAGGUACGUGGCGCCAGCCUAUCCGGGUUCUCGAGCGGCACUGCCCAUGGCGUGGCGAGUAAUGCACGGAUCGCCAUGUACAAGGCGUGCAACACGGAUGGAUGUGACGAGCACGGCCUUGUCGCGGCGAUUGACGCUGCCGUGAGCGACGGCGUGGACGUCAUCUCCAUGUCCGUCGGAGUGGAAGGCUCGACGAACCCGCAGUUCUACGACGACGUCGUCGCCAUCGCCAUGUUCGGCGCCGACCGCAGCGGCGUCUUCGUCGUCGUCGGGGGCGGCAACAGCGGCCCGGAGGCAUCGUCCGUGGUGAACGUGGCGCCGUGGAUGACCACGGUAGGCGCCGCGACCAUGGACCGCGUGUUCCCGGCGACACUCAAGCUCGGCAACGGGGCGGUGCUCAGAGGCCAGUCCCUGUACGCCAGGAAGGCCAACGGCACGGGAAUGUUACCGGUCGUGCUCGCUUCCUGCGGCGAGAAUGACCUGACGCCCGACAAGAUCGCGGGAAAGGUGGUGGUGUGCGACAAUAAACAGAGCGACGUCAAGAGCGGCAUCUACGUGCAGAGCGCCGGUGGAGCCGGCCUAGUCGCCGUGGAAGGCACAGAACGCCUCCAGGAGGCGGUCCCCGGCCAGGCGUUCAUCCUCCCCGGCCUCAGCAUCAGCGACACGGAGCGCAAGAAGUUGGAAGCUUACAUGUCGUCCGAGCCGUACCCGGUGGCCUCCUUCGUCUUCUCCUGCGACACGGUCACCGGCCCCGAGAACCGGGCGCCGGUGGUGGCGGGGUUCUCGUCCCGUGGCCCGAACUCGGUGGUCCCCGAGAUCAUGAAGCCGGACCUCGUCGCGCCGGGCGUGAACAUCCUCGCCGCCUGGUCCGGCGCUGCUUUGUCAUACCCCGACGUCGACCCGACGAGGACGGAGUACAACAUCAUGUCCGGCACGUCCGUGGCGUGCCCGCACGUCGCAGGCGUCGCCGCGUUGAUCAAGAAGGUGCACGGAGAUUGGACACCAGCCAUGGUGCGGUCGGCGCUGAUCACUACAGCUAAAAUAACCGACAACGCCGAUGGAGCCAUACUGGACAGCGGCGGCGUCGGGAGCGCCACGCCGCUGGCGGCCGGGGCCGGGAUGGUCGUUCCGGCGCUGGCCAUGGACCCGGGUUUGGUCUACGACGCCGGGACGCAAGAUUACGUCGAUUUUCUCUGCUCCUUCAACUACACAGCGCCGCAGAUUCGGCGCUUCGUACCGGAGCUGACAAAGUGCAGGACGGCGCUCCCCGGUGGCGCGGCCAACCUGAACUACCCGGCGCUCGUGGUGGUUUUCGACGGCGACACCAGCGUCCGCAGGCUGACGAGGACCGUGACAAUGGUGUCGGAGCAGCCGGAGACGUACAACGUGACCGUCGCGGUGCCGCACGGGGUUAAGGUGAAGGUGACGCCGACGACAAUGGUGCUGAAGCGGCAGAAGGAGAAGAAGAGCUACACGGUGGAGUUCCGCAGCGAAACCGUGAAGCCGGCCGGAUCAUGGGAGUUCGGCCACAUCACUUGGAUGUCUGACGAGCACAAGGUGCGUAGCGCAGUUGGCUUAACGUGGAAGGCAUGA